AUGCCGAUGGCUGAUGACGCCAACAAUAAUGAUGCCGCUGAAGAGGAACAGGCCGGUCACCAUGUGAAGCUGCACAAGUACUGCUCGACCGACGUCGACAACAUGGUCCAACGACACAUCCAUUCACCACAGUCUAUCUAUCCAUCCUCUCUCACUACUGUUCUUCUGCUCCUGCCCUCCGCACCUGGCCACACAUCUCACCUGCACUGUGUUUCACUACACAGCCUUUGCAAGCUUCCUUGGUUCCUCACGACGCCCGCACGCGUCUGCUCGCACUUCCCGUUACUAUCACCUCCACAGUCUGUCCGAUCAGCACGCUCCCUGUCCCCCUAUCCGUACAUCACGCAUCCGUUUGACGGAGAACGAGAAUCUAAGCAUCCAGCUGACUUCGGCAAGCAACCAGACAACGGUGCUCACAAUGAUGAUGAUGACGAUGACGAAGGGCCGAGGCCCUCGGGUUCUGGAGGUGCUUCUUCAGGCAGGCAGCCAAGUGGUUCCAUGGGAGGCAAUGCGGGUAUGAGUGGAAGAAGUGGGGGCAGCAUGAGUAUGACUGGUAGAGGUGCACCCGGUAUAGGAGGUAUGGGUAGCGGAGGAAGGGUGGCCGGCGGCAUGAACAUGGGUCUUGACUUUGCCCCCUCAUAUCUCCUCAUCAUUUCCCAGUCACUCCUUGCCAGCGCAUUCCUCCCGUCUCACAGCACACCCGGGCUCUCACACCUGUCUGCACCGUCAUUUCCUUCUCACACACAACACCCGUCGCUCUCCGCACAUCUCGACUCACCGGCAAUCGCAUCAUUCGUACUCAUAGUCGCCCACAAUCUCCCUCAGACAAAACGGCCGAGGCUUGGUUCAUCAGCAUCUUCCGGCGGAGGCACGUAUCCAGGUGGUCCGUCGGCGUAUACAAUUGACGAUCCAGGUGCACAUGCAGCAUACUUGCGGAAUCAGAAUCAGAAUCAGGGACAUGCACAAUCGGGUACGUCACGAUCGCAGUUUGAUUUGCUCAUUAGGCUCUCAACGCCUUCACCGUCCCCUACAGGCGGCGGAGGCAAUAACACAAGGUCCUUUUAUGGGCAGCAGACCCAUGGGCAAGCAAGCCCGCCACUCUCAAAUGCAUCAUCUACACCUUCGAAUGCGAACUCUAAUCUAUUUUCCGGGUUACUAGGUACAGGCGGUGGCGGAAGUCCGACAGUUACCUCUCCGCACCAUUCUCACCCACCGCGCGGUAGGAGCGGGACUGAAUUAGAUUCGGAAUGGCCGGUGCACAGUUCCUCUCAGACACAAACGCCCCCGCUUCUGGGUCAGUAG